CACUAAAAAUAGCUUUUGAGGAGUGUGCAGCCGGGUCUGAUUUCAGGUUUUAGCUGAGUUGACCAUCAGAAACUUUUUUUUUUGCUGCAGUUUCAAGGCUUAUAUGAGGAUGGAUUUUUACUGAUUCUAUCCUGGACACUUGUUUUAUAUUCAGUUCUACUUCAUUCUUGGGUAAAAGACACUGAUACCAUGGCUGAAAGUUCAGAGGCAAAACAUGGAGGGAACAAGAAAGAAGGCCUUUCUGGAAGUUCUUUUUUUACAUGGUUUAUGGUAAUUGCACUGCUGGGAGUAUGGACGUCAGUUGCUGUGGUUUGGUUUGAACUUGUCGAUUAUGAAGAAGUUCUAGCCAAAGCAAAGGACUUCCGUUAUAACUUGUCAGAGGUACUCCAAGGAAAACUUGGAAUCUAUGAUGCUGAUGGAGAUGGAGAUUUUGAUAUAGAAGACGCCAAGGUUUUGCUAGGAAAGUCACCUGGAGAGGUUGUCAAGAGAAAAGCUAAAGACCAAGGACUUAAAGAAAGAUCUGUCCCAGAACAGCAAAUGACAAGAGAUGAAGAAGAGGUGAUCCCACCUGCAGAGCAGCCAAAUAUGAGAGCAGAACAUAAAAUUGCUGAAGCAGAACCUGAAGAUGAACUUGAGUCUAUGCUACAUGAGGUCCUCGAAUCACAACUUGAUCAACCCAGUGAAACAGAUGAAGAACAUGUACACAGAGAAGCAAAUUUUCAGCAGGAGGAGGAGGAGGAAGAGACUAAUGAAAUACCUGAAAUUCCCACAGUAGAGGAUUCCUAUAAUGGAGAAAUGGAAGAUCAAAUAAUGCCUGAAGUAUUAGAAAGCGCUGGAUCUGUAGAGGAAGAACGGGCAAGUGACUAUCAAGCAAGAGAGUUUGAAGUAGAUGCUGCUGCUGUUACAGAUGAACAUCAUGAACAAGUGGAAGAAGGCACAUAUGAACCAGAAGGCACAGAUGAUAUGGAGCGAACUCUCGAAGAUGCCCUGGAACAUAACACAGAACCUCUUCCAGAAGGUACAGACCAGCAAGACUAUGUGGAUGAACGAGAAUUAGAAAAUGAAGAAUUUAUUGAGGCCCAGGAUACAGAUGGUGAGCCUUUACAGGAACAUGAAUACGAAAACAUUCCAGAACCAGCUGAGAGCACUGAAUCACAACUUGAAAAUGAGAGAGAAUAUACAGAGGAUCCUGUUACUGCUCAGCCUCAUGAGACAGAAGUUCCUGUUCAAGCAGUUGAUUAUUCAAAUGAUGAUUUAGUUGGACAAAAUGAAAAAGAAACACAGCAGCAGGAAAAGGCUAAGAAGAAGAAACCAAAAUUGCUCAAUAAAUUUGAUAAGGGCAUUAAAGUUGAGCUUGAUGCUGCAGAAAAGCUCCGUAAAAAGGGGAAAGCAGAGGAAGCUUUGAAAGAAUUUGAAAAAUUAGUAAGCAAGUAUCCUCAAAGUCCACGAGCAAGAUAUGGAAAAGCUCAGAGUGAGGAUGACUUGGCUGAGAAAAUGAGAAGCAAUGAAAUGCUACAGCAGUCGAUCAGUACAUAUGGUGAGGUGGCUACUCUACCAAAUGUUCCCAAUGAUCUGAUAAAACUGACCCUGAAACGACGAGCAGAUAGGCAGCAGUUUCUUGGUCACAUGAGAGGUUCACUAGUUACACUGCAAAAACUGGUGAAUUUGUUUCCCAAUGAUACUUCAUUCAAGAACAACCUUGGAGUGGGUUACCUUUUGAUUGGAGACAAUAGUAAUGCCAAAACAGUUUAUGAGGAGGUUCUGAGCCUGGCUCCUAAUGAUGGCUUUGCUAAAGUGCAUUAUGGCUUUAUCCUGAAGGCAGAGAAUAAGAUUGAAGAAAGCAUUCCCUAUUUAAAAGAAGGUCUAGAAUCAGGAGACCCUGGCACUGAUGAUGGCCGCUUUUACUUUCAUUUGGGUGAUGCCAUGCAGCGUGUUGGUAACAAGGAGGCAUACAAAUGGUAUGAACUUGGGCAUCAACGGGGCCACUUUGCAUCUGUCUGGCAGCGCUCUCUGUACAAUGUCAAGGGUUUGAAGGCACAGCCAUGGUGGACAGCAAAGGAAACAGGUUAUACAGAAUUGGUCAAGUCCUUACAAAGAAACUGGAAACUUAUUCGGGAUGAAGGGCUUGCUGUAAUGGACAAAGGAAAGGGACUCUUUCUACCUGAAGAUGAAAACUUGCGAGAAAAAGGUGACUGGAGCCAGUUUACCUUGUGGCAGCAAGGAAGAAAAAAUGAAAAAGCUUGUAACAAUGUUCCCAAAACAUGUGCCUUAUUGGAACGAUUCCCAGAGGCCACUGGAUGCAGAAGGGGACAGAUCAAAUAUUCUGUUAUGCACCCAGGCACUCAUGUCUGGCCUCACACUGGGCCCACUAACUGCAGACUGAGGAUGCAUUUAGGCUUGGUGAUUCCAAAAGAAGGCUGCAGGAUUCGAUGUGCUGAAGAAACCAGGUUCUGGGAAGAUGGGAAGGUUCUCAUAUUUGAUGACUCUUUUGAACAUGAAGUGUGGCAGGAUGCCAAUGCUUAUCGCCUGAUAUUUAUUGUGGAUGUCUGGCAUCCAGAGUUAACAGCCCAGCAGCGACGUGCCCUUCCUGCCAUUUAAGUGUGCUUGAAGCUUUCCACUUUAAGGGCCAUGUUUCUGCUGGGAAAUGCUGGCCUUAAGGACAACCGAAAGAACAAACUAUCUGAACAAAUCUGUGUGCAGAUUUUAAAACAUACUACUCUGUUUAUUAUACUAUUACAGCACUGAUCCGAUAGCUCUGUAUUCAUGCUGCAAGUACAGAUCCUACUCUUCUAUCAGCCAAAGAACAACUUGUGCCAUAUAUAUAUAUUAAGUAAGACAUAUGCCAGUCUUCUGUUCUGCCUGCUUUAUGUGUACCACUAUUCGGCAUACACCUGUUGUAGACAUUAAGCUACAAAAGCUGUGUUAAACAUGAGAGACACAGACUUUCAGAUGCUAUAACGUGCAAUAUCUGUUCAUUUAAAAGAUGGUUGUGCAGCAGCAAUGCCUGAUGGAGUGCAUCUCCAUCAAUGCUUUCAUAUCCAUCUUUGUAAGGAAAUUCAUAAACACUUAAAGGAAGUCAACUGGGACAUUUGUCACACUAUGUCUAGUAAUCCAUUUAGAUUUAAGUCUAUGAACUUACAGUGUGAGCUGUAGAUAAUGUGUGCAGAUGAUUUUAUAUUGUAUUUUUAAUAGAUAAUUGUAUUUUUCUAUCAUAUGUAUGCCCCCUUUUUGUUCUUUAUGAACCACUUUCCUUUUGUAUUUUUCUUUUAACUUUUUGUUGCUGUUAAAUGGCAACUUACAUUAAUUUAGCAGCAAUGAAGCCUUAUAGGAGCUCUUCAUUUUUCUGAGCAUGCUUUCUCCUUCGAAGUGGAAGAUAAAUACACAUUCCUGUGUUCUGUUCUUGUUUGUUUAUAACCCAACAUUGUCAUCUGCCUUAAUUUGUAACACAGAAAGGUUCUUUAAGCCUUGCUGAGGCUUACUGGAGGCUUUUUGCUGUAUGCAUUUUUACCCCCUUGUUUUAUAGAGACUUUUUAAAAAGUCUUUCAUUGAAAUAGGAAUCAUUCACAUUCUGAUUUGGGGGUUGUUCUGGAAACAGUUUUACUUUCCAUCUGUUAUGGCAUUUACAUUCACCUAUGGCCAGUUUCAUAAUUUUCAUAAGUGGUGGAGAAAACAAACUUGGUGGAUGCAGUGCCAUAGGGGUAAGCUGUUUUGUGUGAAGUGGCACCCACAGGGUUAUGGUUUGAUCCAUCUAGUGAAAAAAGUGGGGACUGAUCUCCCAUUCCUAUUUCGUGAAAGCAAGUGUAGUUUGCGUGAUGUACUGUUUUCAAUCCAUGAGUGCCAAGCUCUUUGCCUUCACACUUUUGGUGCCAUGAGAUCCACUGCCCAGAAAGAUACUAUUCAAUUUCCUCUUUGAAAUAAAGAAAUAGGACAAUCAUGUUGGUGAACAAUCAUGCAUCCAAACUGCAUUGGUUUGCUUGUCUGAAUUAGGUCAAGCGAUACAGUUUGUACCUGUGAGCAAUUCAGUAUUCAUGACCAAAAUGUAUGUGAUCAUUAUGAUUUCAUGCAGAACAAAGUGCAAAAAUACACAUUGGAACUGUACUUUUGAAGUACACAGAUAAAGUACUGAGAUACUGUUAAGCUGAUGUGAGGAAAACUGCUAUUGGGUUAUCUGUCUAAUGUUUUUGAAUAGUAGAACAUAGCAUGUGCAGUGUCUCAUAAAGACAGAACCUGUGGCCUUUUUAGUUUCUUUGAAUGGAGAGAAUUCCUAUGUAAAUGUUUAUAAAUACCUGCUAUUUCUUCACCUUUCUAAGUGCAGAUUGAAGACCAAAAAUGAAAGUGUGAACAGGUAUGUGCAGUUGCAUAUGACAGGUAUGUAUUGUUGCAUAUCAUGAGUCCUAUUUUCCCAUAGUAUUAAUUAGUUCUGCACUACUUUAUCUAGGUUUUGCCUGAGAACAAGUACUUUGAUGUAUCAGGGUCUGUGACUGGCAAAUAGAAUAAAGCAAAUCUACCCUAAAUGUGCACCCACUGGUAUAUUGUUGUCUAUUAUGUGGUAUGGUAUUUUAUAUUAUUCAUUAAACUUAAGCGCGUUCAA